AUGCGGGCGUCCGCCCAACCCGCGCUCCUGGCUGGCCGCCCGGGCCGAGCGACAACUCGAGAUUCUUCCUCGCCCGACGUUUCACAAUCUGAAACCUCCGUGGGGAGGCGCAGCAGGGCCGGGGCAAGCCCUGGCGUCCGAGGCUUUGAGGCCCUAGACCCCCAGAACGCUUUCCGUCUGUUUCCAGACGUUUUGCAACCUCUUGUCUUCCCAGUCCAGGAGUUCGUGGGCCUCUUCGAGACCCGCGGGCGUCCACGCCGUGGCAGAGAUGCAAGGGAUGCACCCAAGGUCGCGGCUGGGCCCGGGGCUGCGGGCGGGCUCGCGAUGCGGGGUGGGCGGCCCGGGGCGGAGACUGGAGCGGGGGCGGCCCUGUACCCUCUCAGAGGCCGCCUCUGCGCUCCCCUAACGCAGAGCGCCGGGCGCAUGGAGACCGCAGACGAGACCGGACCGGGAGGCCAGGGGGCCACUCCCGAGCGCCCCGGGGGCCCCGGGGCCAUUCCCAAGCGCCCCGGGGCCACCCUUAAGCGCCCCGGGGCCACCCUUAAGCGCCCCGUGGCCACCCUUAAGCGCCCCGUGGUCACCUUUAAGCGCUGCGGGGCCACCCCCGAGCGCCCCGGAGUCAUCCCCGAGCGCCCCAGAGCCACCUUCAAGCGCCCCGUGGUCACCUUCGAGCGCCCCGUGGUCACCCCCGAGCGCCCCGUGGUCACCCCCGAGCGCCCCGUGGUCACCCCCGAGCGCCCCGGAGCCACCCCCGAGCGCCCCGGAGCCACCCCCGAGCGCCCCGGGCCGAGCGGCUCGCUGUUGUCCGGUGUCCGAGAGGAGCUGCGGGCGCUCCUGGUUCUGGCGGGUCCCGCGUUCUUGGCGCAGUUGAUGAUGUUUCUGAUCAGUUUCGUAAGUUCCGUGUUCUGUGGCCACCUGGGGAAGCUGGAGCUGGAUGCUGUCACCCUUGCCAUUGCGGUUAUCAACGUCACUGGUGUGUCCGUGGGCUUUGGCUUAUCUUCUGCUUGUGACACCCUCAUGUCCCAGACAUAUGGGAGCCAGAACUUGAAGCACGUGGGGGUCAUCCUGCAGAAGGGGACCCUGGUGCUGCUUCUUUGCUGCUUGCCCUGCUGGGCGCUCUUCCUCAACACCCAGCAGAUCCUGCUGCUCUUCCGGCAGGACCCGGCCGUGUCCAGGCUGACCCAGGACUAUGUCAUGGUCUUCAUUCCAGCUCUUCCUGCAACCUUUCUUUAUACAUUACAAGUUAAAUAUUUGCUCAACCAGGGGAUUGUACUGCCCCAGAUCCUAACCGGAGUAGUGGCCAACCUUGUCAAUGCCCUCAUCCACUAUGCGUUUCUUCAUAAGCUGCACCUUGGGGUCAUCGGGUCAGCACUGGCAAAUAUGAUUUCCCAGUUCACCUUGGCACUGCUCCUCUUCUUCUACAUCCUUGGGAGGAAACUGCAUCAUGCUACCUGGGGAGGGUGGACCAGUGAGUGUCUGCAGGACUGGGCCUCCUUUCUCAGCCUGGCCAUCCCAGGCAUGCUCAUGCUGUGCGUGGAGUGGUGGGCCUACGAGGUCGGGAGCUUACUGAGCGGCAUCCUCGGCACAGUGGAGCUGGGAGCCCAGUCUGUCGUGUACGAACUGACCGUCAUUUUGUACAUGAUACCUUCAGGCUUCAGUGUGGCUGCCAGCGUCCGGGUAGGGACUGCGCUGGGCGCCGGAAACAUCGAGCAGGCCAAGAAGUCCUCCGCUGUCGCCCUGCUGGUCACAGGAGUCUUUGCUGUAGCCUUUUGUGUCCUGUUGUUAAGCUGUAAGGAUGUUGUGGGGUACAUUUUCACUACGGACCGAGAAAUCAUUGCCCUGGUGGCUCAGGUGAUUCCCAUCUCUGCUAUUGCCCAUCUGUUUGAAGCUCUUGCUUGCACAGGUGGUGGUGUUCUGCGGGGGAGCGGCAACCAGAGGGUUGGGGCCCUUGUCAAUACCAUUGGGUAUUACAUGAUUGGUCUCCCAGUCGGGAUCUCGCUGAUGUUCACAGCCAGAAUGGGAGUGGUUGGUCUGUGGUCAGGGAUCAUCAUCUGUGUGAUCACGCAGUCUCUGUGUUUUCUCAGCUUUAUUGCUCAGCUAGAUUGGGAAAAAGCCUGUGAGGAGGCUCAGAUCCAUGCCAAUUUGAGCCUCAAUACGGCCCACGGUGGGACUUCUGCUGCCUGUCGGGACCCAGUCGCUUCAGUGGGCCCUGAGAACCGUGGAGGAAUUUUAAUGAGAGAUCUUAGAAGAAAAGAUGAGGUUCGUUUGGACCUGCACAUAAGCCAAGAAGAACAUGUUCAGGCGGAUCCAAGGGACACGGCUAUGUUGACUGGGAAACAGUUGGUGGUGCGGCGUGGGCUUCUGUUCCUGGGGCUCAUUUCCGUCUUGCUCAUAGGGAUUUUAGUGAGAGUAUAUGUCGGCGGAGUUGAGUGAUAGGCAAGAGAGAGAGUCAAGUGAUACUUAAAAAUUCAUAGGCCCAAUGGUGGGAAUUGGUUUUCAGUUAAGUUAGUUUCAACUGUGCCUAUGGGUGUCAAGAAUCGAGAGUUCAAAGUUAAUGUUUUCAAAUGAAGAAAAGGAACUAAGGUACAAUGUUCUUGUCCAAGACAAUGUCUGAGAGU